GAGAGAGUUAGGGAAAAUCCAGCCCGCUCACCUACCGUAAUUUACUGUGAAACCUUAACAUCAAUCUCCUCCCCUCAACCCCCCCCCUUCCUCUUCCCUUAGAAUUGAAAGGCUUUAUUUCUCUAUAGUAUCAUACGGUAUCACAUCUUUCCAGAGCGGAUCUUCCCUGGACUGUAGCUGUACCGGUAUCAUACAAGUAUCUACCAGUGAGCUACCUUACUGCUAAUUGCUGCCAUCACUUGAGUUCCCAUACCAAUACCUUUGCUUUUGUGAUCUUCCCCAUCUCCUUCUUCCUCCUCUCUUCUCCCCCUCUUCACCCGCCUAUCUACCUGUCUUCGUCUCUGCACUGCAUCUCCGUCCGUCAGUUGGUACUUACAUCAACCCCACCUUUGAAACCUCCUCUUCCUCUCUCCUCCUGCUCCCAAUCACCACCACUUCUACCGGCAGCUUCGCUUUCGUUCUUUAUUCCUUACUUCAUCCAUCGUUACCAUCAUCAUGGACGGAUCUCCCCCUGGGCGCAAGGUCUUCAAGGUCUUCAACCAGGAUUUCAUUGUUGACGAGCGCUACACGGUUACGAAGGAGCUCGGACAGGGAGCUUAUGGGAUUGUUUGUGCGGCUACGAAUGCUGUGAGCCUGGAGGGCGUCGCAGUUAAGAAGGUUACCAAUGUUUUUUCCAAAAAGAUUUUGGCCAAGAGGGCUUUGAGGGAGAUCAAGCUGCUUCAACAUUUUAGAGGUAUGUUGAUCACUUGUCUCUAUGAUAUGGAUAUCCCAAAACCAGAUGCUUUCAAUGAGGUUUAUCUUUACGAAGAGCUCAUGGAAUGUGAUCUUGCUGCCAUCAUCCGAAGUGGACAACCCUUGACAGAUGCUCAUUUCCAGUCAUUCAUCUACCAGAUUCUCUGCGGUUUGAAGUAUAUCCAUUCAGCGAACGUGCUCCACAGGGAUUUGAAACCCGGUAAUCUUCUUGUUAAUGCCGACUGCGAGCUUAAAAUUUGUGAUUUUGGCCUUGCUAGAGGGUUUUCCGUUGACCCGGAGGAGAAUGCUGGAUACAUGACCGAGUACGUAGCUACUCGGUGGUACAGAGCUCCAGAGAUCAUGUUGAGCUUCCAGAGUUACACCAAAGCUAUCGAUGUAUGGUCCGUUGGAUGCAUUCUAGCAGAACUCCUCGGUGGCCGACCCUUCUUUAAGGGCAGAGACUAUGUCGACCAACUCAAUCAGAUUCUCCACUACCUCGGGACCCCCAAUGAAGAAACCCUCAACCGCAUCGGAUCCCCCAGAGCCCAGGAAUACGUCCGCAAUCUCCCCUUCAUGCCCAAAGUCCCAUUCGGGCGCCUAUUCCCGAAUGCGAACCCAGAUGCACUAGACCUCUUAAACCAGAUGCUAGCCUUCGACCCAACAUCCCGGGUCUCUGUAGAAACUGCGCUAGAACACAGCUACCUGCAGAUCUGGCAUGAUGCUCAAGAUGAACCGGACUGUCCGACCCCCUUCGACUUCAGCUUCGAAGUGGUUGACGAGAUCAGUGAUAUGCGAAAGAUGAUUCUGAACGAGGUCCAAGUCUUCCGCGCUGCCGUCAGGAACAGGCGCGUCCAACACGCCGCCCUCGACAUUGCUGCGCUCGGGCGAAAAGACAGUAGUGUAGGUAUUCCGGAUCACCAAUGGGCACAGCAGCAGAGGAACGACGCCCCAAGGCCGCACGACGCCCCCAGACCGCACGACCACCAGAUGCAUGAGGCGAACUUGGAACAGGAGUUGGCAGGGGGAUUGGAUGUUAUGCAUCAGUGAGCCAGUUUUUUCUUUUUUGUUUGAACAUGUGUGUGUGUAGAGGGGGGGUGUUUUGCUGCUGGCGCUGGUUGAUAUACCCGUUCGUUAGCUGGUUAGCUGGUUGGUUCUACAUUAUACACUGGGAUUGCUAGU